UCCAGGAAGGCUUGGACCCCCUCCAGCUGUCCGAGCCCGGGGGCAAAGCAGUCUUCAUUCUGCGGGGCGGUGGGGCUCCCUGCUCCGCCGCUGGCCUUUGGGGGGGGGAACUUGUUGGACGUUGCCCCGGGUCUGGCUCCUCUCUUGGGCUAAGGACAGGGGCUCAGCCCUCUCCUUGGACUUGACUUCUCCUGCAGGGGUCGGGGGUCCCUUCUUGGGACGGCGACCUGAGACUUUUCCAUCGGACCUUUCUGAGCUGCGGGGGGACGACGGCGGCUCCCUCCGUCGCCUCUUUGCUCCCCAAACAUUGGCUUGGGGGUUUUCCCAAUUGCUCCCUCCGAAGAAGCUGGCCCGCUGAGAAGAGACCUUGGACUCCUAACGCCUUCCAGCUUGGUCCGUCUCCUCCUCCUCCUUCUUCCUCAACCCAACCCGUCCGAGAGGUUAUUUCGGCCUCUUCCCCCCGUUUCUUCCCGGGCAUCUUGGCUAACUUUUCCGAGCCAAUCCAGAGUCGCGACCUUCGGGGCUCUUGACCGCCUUUCCAACCGGCCACCAUGGCGGGGCCCUUGAGGCGAGAGCUGGGCCGCUCCUACCCUUUCCCGGUGCAGACCCUUCAUCUCAACAACCUCCCGCCUGUUCCCCAGCACGAAAACCCGGGCGGCUACUUGCCGGAGGCUUUCAGUGGGGCCACCGCCGGGCAGGCCUUUGCCUUCAAGCCGGAUUACGGCCCCCAGGGAGGGCUCGGGGAGCCCUAUCCCGGCGGGGGUGAAGUUCCUCGCACCUGGUACCCCUUUGCUGCCGGGGCAGAUGCCUGGGGCCACCCUCCCGGGAUCAUGGUGGGCCCUUACGCCCUCCCGCAGCCCGGAGAAGCCUGCCAGGCCUCCAAGGCCGAGAUCAAAGUGGAGCGUGACUUCGACCAAGCGGGCCCUUAUUAUGGGGGGCAUCCCUGGGCCGGAAGCUGCCUGGUCCCUGCGGCCACGGCCUCGGCCACGGCUCCGGCUCCGGCCCGGCCGGCUUCUUGCAACAAUAAGGAGGCUGCUUCGCCCAGUCCGGAUCCCGACCCUUCCAGCAGCCCCGCCAGCCAACCAGACGAGGUGGGGAGUGGGGAGAGCAGUCCCCGGAGCGUGGCUAGUCAAAGCCCCAGCGAGCAGAUGGCCUCGGAGGAAGCGAAAGAUGAAGAGGGCAGCGGAGAAGAGGAAACAACCACUACAGAGGAGCUGGAACAGUUUGCUAAGGAACUGAAACACAAAAGAAUUACCUUGGGCUUCACUCAGGCAGAUGUGGGACUGGCCCUGGGUUUUCUCUAUGGGAAAAUGUUUAGUCAAACCACCAUCUGCCGCUUUGAAGCUUUGCAACUCAGCUUCAAGAACAUGUGUAAGCUGAAGCCUCUCCUUCAGCGUUGGCUUCAAGAGGCUGAUGGCAAUGAGAAUUUGCAGGAGCAGCUGUGCUCCAUGGAGUCGGCCAUGAUCCAGGCCCGGAAACGCAAGCGCACCAGCAUUGAGAACAACGUGCGGGGUUCACUCGAGUCGUACUUUCUGCGCUGCCCCAAACCCAACCUGCAGGAGAUUUCACAGAUUGCUGAUGACCUCUGCCUGGAGAAGGAUGUAGUACGUGUCUGGUUUUGCAACCGCCGCCAAAAGGGCAAGCGCAACACAGGUGCUGGGUCUCGGGAUGAGUGCGAUGGUCCUACCGUCCCCCAAGCAUGCCCCCAUGGGCCACUCCAAGCUCCGCCCCAUGGGCUUGGCCCUGUCCAUCACCAGCUGCCUCCACCACCCCAGGGCUACAACACAACUGCCUUUGCUGCCGUUUACGUGCCCCAGUUCCACGAAGGAGAUGUUUUUAUCGCUCCCACCCCGACCUCGGCUGUAAUGGGCCACCCAAUGCAUUCCACCUGAGGAGCCUGUCUAGCCAACCUCGGUGUCUUAAUUUUUAAUCUCAGGGAGGUCCUCCAGCCAUUUUCUUUCUAUUUCUUAGAUUUGUUAUCCUUCAGGAAAGGAAGAAGAGGCCAAAGCUUAGGUUUUUGUCCGUCUUUCUUUUACACUCAGGGAUGCAGAACUUCUUGGUGAGGCUUUUCUAAUCAGGGUUUUAAAAAAAGAUUUUUACAAUGAUGUCCUAUAUAUUUUGAAAAAGCAACAGCUGCUUCUGAAAGUGGCUCUCAUUCCCAACCCUUUUUGUCUCCUCAGGAUCCAUUAACAGUU